UUUGUGUUCAUUAUUGUGAUUGUGAAAUCUUUGAUAAGAAAAUGUCAUCAAUUUUGGAUAAGUAUUUGAGCCGUGAUAAAAAGAAGAAGAGGAGGCCAAAGGAUGGAGUGAAAGUGAGAAAGUUCAAGGGUGGAGGGCUGAGAAUAGUUGAUGAAGAUGGAUUUGGACUCAGUGACCAGAAAAUUGACAUUUCAGACGAUGAUGAAACAGCAGAGGAACUUCCUCAAAUCGCUGCAGUUGUGGAUGAACGACCACGAGAAGCCCAACUUGUCGAAGAAAUGAAACAAGGAAAGUGGAAGCAAUUGGAAAUCGUAGGUGUUAGGCGACACGAUUCUUCUGGUUCCGAUGAUGAUAAUCAACACACGGUCGUAUCAAAACGAAGACAUGAUUCUGAUUAUUCUGACAAUUCUCCGCGACACGAUUCAGAUGGCGAUAUUUCUCCUCCACGACAAAGAAGGCGAAACGAUUCAGAUGGCGAUAUUUCUCCUCCGCGACAAAGACGGCGACACGAUUCGGGUGAUUUAUCUCCGCCAAGACGGCAACACAGCCAAAAUAAUUCUAACAGAAGGCGGCAUCAAGAUGAUGACCUGUCUCCUCCACGAAACUCGUCUCAUGGUUCCUCAAGGGACUCUAAUCGCGGAUCUACUAGCAACUCUAAUAAUUCUCGCAGUAGACCCAUUGCGCUUCCAGAAAUUAUUGAAGGCCCAAAAAAUUCCUUACCUAGCACCACGUUAGAUGGGAAGAAAGCUGGUUUGCAGAGGGCAUCCGAUUUAAGAAAUGAAAUGGUGGAUUAUAGAAAACGGGAGGAUGAAAUGUUUUCCAAUUUGGACGACGAAGUGUCUGGGCGAAACGCAGUAACUAAAUUGAGGGAUAGAAAUACUGGUCGAGAAAGAGACUUGGCAGCAGAACUGGCAAAGAAGGAAGAAGAGGACAAAGUUGCUGCGGAAAAGAAACUAUUAUAUCAAAAAUGGGGGAAAGGACUGAAACAAGUUGAGGAGCAAGCUACCAGGGUGAACGAGGCUUUGCAUGAAGUUUCAAAACCUUUGGCUCGAUAUGCAGAUGACCAAGACUUGGACGAGUACCUCAAAAAGCAGGAUCGAGAUGGAGAUCCCAUGUUAAAAUUUCUAUCUUCGAAAAAGCGAGGAGGGGGUCAUAACUCUGGCAAACCUGCUUACCAAGGACCACCACCAAUGCCAAAUAGAUUUGCAAUACCUCCAGGUCAUAGAUGGGAUGGAGUCGACAGGUCAGGUGGCUACGAAAAAGAAUGGUUUUCAAGAAUUAAUGCCAAAAAAGCUUUAGAAGAAGAAGCUUACAAGUGGAGUGUUGAAGAUUUGUAGUGUAUUCAGACUAAUGUUUUUGGUGUGGAGAAUAUUUUGCAACAAAAAUAAAUUAUUAUAUUACUUAA